GUAUGUAAUACUCACCUACGUUCUACCCUUGUUACACACACAUGAUACAAAACAGCUCUGUGAGGAUGGGGGGAGCACGCCGGGGAAUCACCUGGGGAUGCAGCACCCUACGAAACCCUUGUAGGACAUUCAUCACGCUGUGGGUGAUGAGCCAUAAACAGCUGAACGAAACCUAAGCCGUUUUGCCAUAUCAAGUCCCGUCUCGUGUCUCGCCACGGCACGAGUGUCUCGCGCGCGCGUACGGUGUGGGGGUGCGCAGCCAUGAUCAGGUGCGCAGACUGCAUCGUGCACACCUUCCUUGCGGAGGAGCAGCACAUCAUUCUGCAGGCCCUCACUGCCCACGCUAAGUUCCAGUAUCGGAGGAAGCGCACCAUCAGCAAGCAGAAGAAGAAAGUCGAGUACACAAACGCCAUCUCCAAGAUGAUCCUGGGUAAAACUAUCACGGAGAAACCCGCUGUCAAGAACGUAGUCGCCUUGUGUGCCCCAGUUGGCGCCAAACUCGUGAAGAGGUAAUGUUUCCGUAAAAAAUGUGGCAUGAUAUGAAGCGUACUUUCUUUGGAAGCAAUGCAAACUUUAGUCAUAUCAUUCUUUUUCUCUGUGGCAUACAAGCCUGCAAUCGUGAGGUUUGUUGUUGGCUCAAUAAUUCUUCUUACAAAUGAUUUUCAAUGACAUUCAAACUCAAUGGGAAAGGGUGAAGGGAGUUGCCAAGUCAGGAUCCUGUUCCCUUGAAAAAGAUAAUGCACUACAGGUUUUGCUUCCAUAUGUGCUUUCGAGGAUGUCAACCAACCAACGCGCAUGUGCUUUUUCUUUACGAUUUUUUCUUAAGCGUCUUCUUUUCUAUGGGGCAUCCUUCUAUUUUUUUUUCUUUGUCUGUUCGUUUUCCUCUAUAGGUAUUACGAUUAUUUGUUGACAUUUUUAUUUUAUUCUAUAAGAAGCACGUGUUGUUUAUAUUUU